CGUUAGUCGCAUUCUUCUAACACUCUAGAAUGCAGAGUAGGGGUGCUAAUCAAUCCAAGAUCUAACGGGAAUUAAAACGGCAGUUUUGUGAACGGCAGAGACAUGGAUUCUGCACGGCAUGGCUGGGUAGAUUUUGGGAAGCCGGUGACGGAUGCGGGAAAUGUCGAGAAGGUCCAGACCAGUAAAAAAGCGCGCGAUAUGGAAACGCGCGGCCCUCGGGGUAAAGGUGAUGAUGUUCCCGUACUGAGUAUGAAAAAACAGUUUAUCCUCAUUGAGCACGAGCACGAUGUUCCCGGCUUGGCGAAGGAAGCCGUACUGCGGUGGUUCCCGCGGGUGCCACAUGCCAUCCUCUCCCUGGUGUCGGGCGUGGAUAGUUUUCAUUCGUGGAAAAGGGACGAUUUCCGAUCGGCACUGCAGUCCGGCAUUGCAAAGCUGAUAAGCACAAUGGAGCUGCUGCUGGUCGAUGAUGGUCUAAAUUACGGCUUGACCCGUUUAAUUGCUUCGGCCGUCAGUGCUGACGAAACAUUCAACAGCUAUGCCGCGGCCAAUGUUAUGCAACAACCACGCAAACCGCCAGCCUAUUAUCUGGGUAUUGCGCCUGUGGAAAAAGUCGCCGAUACAGUCAGGGAACAACUGGAACACCUGCAGAGGAAUACUGAAAACGAAGUCGACGCAACGCCACAAAAGACCGGGAAACCGAACGAUAAAUUCAACCUGAACCGGUUCCAUUCGCACUUUGUUUUUGUCCAUAAGCCCUACGCCCACACAGGAUUCCUGCGAGUUGACUUGGAAAAACAGCUGCAAAAUGAACUGGGAAUGCGCGGCGGAAUGGCUGACAGUCCUAUCGAUGCAGUCGACGAAGUUUCAUCGGCAUUUAUCCCGCACAUCGUCAUAUUCUUCCAAGGAGAAGUGGACGAAAUUGACCGAAUUCGUGCGUAUGUGCGUUUACGCACACCGAUUAUUAUGCUCAGUGGAUGCGGCGGCAUGGCGGAUAUUGUGGCCUUUGCUUAUAAAAAUGCAUCGGAACCCGAUGAGCAGCGCCUACUGUCCCUUGUUGGCAAUAAUUUAGUCCGUGUAUUCCCGGAGGCUUUCAAGGAAAACAAGGAGUUUCAGAUGGACUGUGCACAGAAGAUUCUGGAGAUGGUACGGGGACCGGAUGGUAACGGGGAGAACCAUUUGAUGUUUAUCCAGGACUGCAGUCGGCUGGAUAGCUUCGAUAAGCUGGAUACGCCGUUUGUUCAAGCCGCCAUUAUGAGCUCCUCAGAGCAAAAUGCAAAUGCUGACCAGCUCAUACGAAACAUGAAAUUGUGCAUGGCUUGCAACAAGCCGGACAUUGCCCAAAGGUUUUUGGUUAGUAUGCCACCAUGGGCGACUAUUCAACCAAAGCCUCCGUAUACGGGAUUCUUAACCGCAUUAAUUCUGCCGGGUCGAGAGAUCUUCAUCGACAUGUUUAUGCAGCAGAAAUUCCCAGUCCGCUAUUUCACUAGCCAUGUCGAUAUGUUACUAUGCUAUCGCAAAGCGGUGGGCAAAGAAUAUUUUAUUGCCAAUGUCUGGGAUGAUAUUCUGGGACACAAUCAGCAGGAUCCAAUUCGGGAGGACUUUGUACUUCUUGAACUGAACUGGUUAAUCGAAAAUCUAACGGGCGUAAAAGAUUUUUUCAAUUGGUACGAAUUAUCGCGAGUGGCGCUGCUUCCCACGGAUGAUGAUCCGUACGCCGCGAUGCACGACGAGAAGGCUUUACAAGCUCUCGUGGUAUACGCUUGUCUUCUCAACCGACCCAAGUUGGUCAAGACGUUGCUAAAAUACAGCAUGGACCCUGUUCCGUUGACGGUGUUUGUGGAGGCCAUCAGCCGGGGUUUAUACCGCAAUGUUAACAAUUUCGACCAGCGGGUUAUGCUGAAACGACAAGCCGAUGAGUACGGUAAUAUUGCCACGGAUAUUAUGGAUAUGGGUAUUCGUGAUUCGCCGGAACGGGCUAAAGUCUUUUUUCAACGCACUCUACCUGAUUUCAACGGCAAGACUACUCUGGAAAUGGCUUUUGAUGCGAGAAACAAAAAGUUUAUCUCGCACAACCUUGUGCAAGACUGGCUUGACCAGUUUGCUCAUGGAUUUGUACGAGUAAAAGGGAGAUGGCAUGAUUUGAAAAUGAUCCUGUCGGCUUAUUUGAUAUUCCCUAUGUACAUCUGGUUGGGGUUUCCUAGAAUUAGUUUUGCUGACAAAGACAAAAAAGUUGCGACACAACAAGGUGCGGCGGCUGUGGAGUAUGAACCCGCAACGCCAGAGGCCGCCGCAAGCAUUUUGGCUCGUCUUCAACGCGGCGAGAAGAAAAGCACCGAUCAUGCCAAAUACAAAGAAAUUUAUCCUCCAAUUCACAAGAUGAUCUAUGCCGUAUGGAACUCACCGGUGGUCAAAUUCUGGACAUGGUUCUUAACGUAUCUGUGCUUUCUGGUGUUACUUGGCACGGAUAUGAUGUUACCGGCGUGCAUGUAUCUCGGAGUGGACAUUGCGGUAUUUGUUUGUACAGCGUUGAUCUGGCUGGAAUUAUUAACAAGAACAUUAAAUGAUGUGCUGUGGAAACGCCGGGUUAAUUUGUACAUGCGAGCCGUGGACCUGAUAUUUCAAACCGUUUUCAAUAUCCUCUUCUUUCUCUACCGCAUUGCUCCGUACAGGUGGGACCAUCCAUUUGCUGGCCGGGUGAUCUUGGCAUUCGGUGUCAUGUAUUAUUUUUACUCCAUAUGGAAUACAUUCUACGGCUACGAUCAAGAACUGGGACCGCUGGUUCGAAUUGUUCACAUCAUGUUCAAAAACGAUUUACCAAAGUGGGCGAUCAUGUUGCUGCCGUUUUUCGUUGCUACUGCUGUUGUUUGGCAAGCUGUUAUUACUCCGGAUUAUCCGUUUACGGGUGACGAUUGGCGGAAGGCGUUCUUCCGAGGAUUAUUCACACUUUUUGCGGGAUUCCAAAACGAGCUUGAAUACGCCAUUCCGGCAUGCCACCCGGGCAAGGUAAUUAAUUACAACAAUUUCACUCAACCGGCAUCAGCUUAUCCUCAAGAUCGGUGUUGGCUGGGAGAUUACAACGAUCACACAUGCGCCACCGUGACCUUUUGGGCAUACGUUUUUGUUAUCCACUACUAUGUCCUAUUGAAACUCGGAAUGAUGAUCAUUUUGACCGUAUUUUACAUUUUCCGAUCUACCAGCGAAAUGCCCAAGGCCAAUCUGGUUUGGAGGUUCUAUCGCUUUGAUACGAUACUCGAUUAUUACUGGAGAUCAUCGUUGCCGUUUCCUUUCAAUAUUUUGGGAAAUCUGUACAUUAGUUUGCUCUACUUCCUGACUAAAGCAGAGGAUCGCAACAAGGUCUCAGAUAUGGAAAUGAGCGCUACGCAGACGGAUACUUUUAUUUACUGGAAAAGCAAAGCUGGUGAAUAUUUUGCGCAAAAAGACAAAGAGGAACAAUCUAAAGCGUUACCGGCUAAACAAGCUCAAAUGAUCGGUGCAAUAAAACACCAAGUGACCGGUAUAAUACAGAGAUUCUCCGAAAUGGACCGGAAGCUGCAUGAUGUUGGUGAGACCGCACGAGACGGAAAACUGCGUAUGCACACUGCAAAUGUUCUCCGGCAAGGGGGAACGAUUGAUCUUCCCCAGCUGCUGAAUCCGAAACCCCAUUUCCAUUGUCGCGAAACGCCGUAUCACGGUACCCUAGUGCGACGUACCCCUGUAGCAGACAACAAGGUCUUCUGGACAACGCCAUUUGAUGCAUACAGACCGGAUGCUUAUUCCAAACCGAUAAACGAAUUCACAUCCGAAGAGCGAGAAUUUGUCGAUCCAGAACAGGACUUCGUUGGGCGUUCCAGCAGUCCUAAGCGGCGCGAAUGGAACGGGAUCGAGUAUCAUGACGAUAAUGUUAUUUACCGGAAGUCAUGGAUUGUUGAUGAGGAUGGGCGUGAGCAACUCUACCGACUGGAUGAUCACAGUCUGCCCACAAAUCCUCAAGGUCGUACCGGUCUCCGAGGACGUGGUUCAUUGUGCCGGUUUGGUCCCAACCACAAAAUUAUACUGGCAGUUACUAGUAACACCCAGGGAAAACUGCGCUUUAUUCUGCAAUCGUCGGCUAACGGUUCUUUUACGUUUCCCAUGAUCCCGUUGUGCCAUUAUGAUUCCGAAUACUCUGUGAUCGCGGUACUGUUCGAAGCGAUUCUGACAGAUGGUGAGGGAAGCGAGGAGUCGGAUUUCGAUCCCGCUGCUUGCCGAUCACUGACAAGCUUCCUGCAGGCUGCACCGCAAAUGGUACAGAAACAACUACAGAAGAAUCCAGACUAUAACGAGGGAUUGCCCAGAAUAAACACGGAAGAACUAUACAGAGGUUACCAGGAUAUGCCAUUAAACACUGACAAUGCAUGGACGGAAUUACUGAUUGUUCACAUCGAUAUUCCAUACGUCCCGUUAAAUAAAAAUUCGAUGUACCAGUGGAAAGCAAGUUCAACGGCUGACCUUAUGCUACCCGAUCUGGAAACAGCCAUAAUGAAGCGGGUUUCUUCUUUAUUCCAAUGAGUUUUAUUUUAUGCGCCUCAGUAACAUUGUGUAAAUUUAAUCUUUAUCCGAAACGAGAAACAACGAUAAUGAAACUGUACGUGGUCCGAAGUAAGCAAAAUUUGAAUGAUAUAAAAGCUUUAUGCACCAUGCAAUGAAAUUUUUUGUCUCUGUAUAUGGAAAUCAAAAAAUGAGCAGG